AUGUCAACCUUAGGAACAGAAUUUGCAAAUGUCUCUUUAUCACAAGAACGGUAUUUCAGUUGGGUAUUUUUAGUCUACUGGAUCCUGGUUGUAGUAGCAACUUCUACAUUCGUGUUUUAUGUUGCUAAACUGUGGGGAUUUGGGCUUACAUUUGCCUGUGAAUGGCUUUUAUGGAAGACCAUGAAUAUAAAGGUUACAAUUGAGUCAAUACGUUUAUCAUUUCUAACAGGGACAAUAUUUUUCAAGAAUGUGUGUUUAAUUGACCAAGAUAAAACCAUAUCAAUCCUGGAGUGUUCAGUUACAUGGCGAUAUUGGUUAUUGAACACCCGAAAAUCAGAAUAUGAACUAAAUGCCAAAGCUGACACUUCAAAACCAAAUGGUGAUGAUAUGUUGGAUAACAACACAAUUCACGAUAGAUCAAAUAAUGAUAAUAAUGAUAACAAUGAUAAUAAUGAUAAUAAUGAUAAUAAUAAUAAUAACGAUAAUAAUGAUAAUAAUGAAACUAAUAACUAUAAUGAUAUUGACUAUGAUUACAAUAAAAAUAAAAAAUUAGACAGUCUUUUUGCGAUCAAUUGCACAGGUUUUGAAAUAUUUCUUUAUAAUAGGAAAAGAGCUUAUGAAACAAUAAUACAAAACUUCUCAAAAGAGGAAAAGAUCCAGUUUAUAGAUUUCUUGCGUCAACAUGAUUUAGAUGAUAUAUUUGAGGAAGUAAGCAGUGAAAUUAAAAAUUGUAAUGAAUAUUGUAACCAUAAAGAGGGAAAUAAUAGUGCCCAUUUUGGUUCUUCAUGCAAAAGUGAUAAAGAAUCUGCUUCUAAUAUUUCCAUAAGUGGGGAUUCUCAAGAAAAUGAUAGUGAUAGAUCAAAUAUUGAUAAUCGCAAUAAAAUAAGUGCGCAUAUAAUGAGAAAGUUGCACUUAGACAUUUUACCACUUGAUAUAAAUAUUAAUAAAGGUGCGAUAACUAUUGGUAAUAAAUUUACGAGGUCACUAUUGGUUAUAAAUUUUACAGAAGCACAUGGACUACUAGAUUACGCUCUACCAGAUAGUAAAUUGGAUGUAUUCAAAAAUAAAGUAACAUUUGAGAUUAAUGAUAUCGACAUGUCAAUUAAACGAAACAUAGGUUAUAAUCCAGAAUUAGCCAGCAGAUUUAAUUUCCGUGCUGGUGUUCUGACAAGAAUAUGGAGCUAUCUGCAAUUGGUACUUAAUUUAAUUCCCACUGGUAGAUUGAAAACGUGGUAUGAAUCUUUAAGAUAUAAAGAGGACACUACGUUUGUUAAAAAAUGGGAUGGAUUAGUUCUAUAUAAAGAUUCAGUUAAGAGCAGUACCAAACUCGGUGCUGAUGAUGUUGAUUUUGAUUUUGCUAACCAUGAGUAUGCUAAAGUUAGCAAUUUUUUUAAAGCCCCACAAAUAAUAUUUAGCAUAGAGUCUGAUAUACCAGGAAUUGUUCCACACGGAUCCCAUCCACCUUUAAGUAAAGCACAUGGACCAGAUAUAGGAAAUCAUGAAUCUCCUCCAACAUUUCUAAUAGAUUUACAAUUGUCACAUGCAUCUAUUUAUUUCGGAUCCUGGGUUAAUCGAAAUAUUGUAGAUUUGAGAGAUUUGAUGUUUCCAGUAAUUUCAAAGGAUCAAAAACCUUUAAAUAAACUGAAACCUGGAUUAACAAGAGUUCAUUCUAUGUUUAACUUUUCGGUAUCAGUUUUGGAUGAUUCUUCCAUCAGAUUGCCUACUAGAGAACCAAGUAAGGAUAGCGAUUUCUUAAAACAAUACUUAGAAACAAAAGAUGAUUUUCGAGCUUUUGGUUGGAUCGAUUUAUCAUUUAAAAAAGGAUCCGAAUUCAUGUUAAAUAUUCCUAUGAUUCCAACAUCAGGUGGUUUCGAGAACACAUUAUUUUCAAAAUUUUCAGAAUUAGAAGUUACCACCAGUGUAAACCAUAAUUUACUUUUUAAAUCAAAUUCCUUGAAUAUAGCUGCAAAUAUUGGAUAUCCAUUGGGUUGGAAUGAUCCCGUGAAUUGGAUUUUCAAUAUUAAUUCAAAACAAUUGGAUAUAUUUUUACUUCGUGAACAUAUUACCUUGUUGAGUGACAUGAUAAUAGAUUUUUCAACGCAAGAACCUACUCCAUACGAAUUAUUCCGUUCAUUUACAUACAAUUUAAACUUAAAAAUAGGAGGAUACUCUUUUUAUUUCAAUGUUAAUGAUAGGAACAUUAUUAAUAAUCCGUUAGAUUUUAAUGAGAACUGCUACUUGUCAUUUCAUGGUGAUUUAUUCACUUCUGAAAUCACAAUACCAAUUAUAUCAUUAGCCCAACAAUAUGUUACUAUUUCAUAUGAAAUAUUUACACCUAUGUUCAGACUAUUCCUAAAUACACCUUCCUGGAAUACAUUAAGCGAGUUCAUGAGAAAUAAAGAGAUCGGGAGAUCGCACGAUUUUAGAGUCAGUGGUACUUAUCUCAUAUAUUCUGAAUUAGAUAUUGAUAAUGUUGAUUCUUUAACCAUUGAUUUUGAGAGCAACUCAACAGUACUCUAUUGUUUUGGUUUCGUAAUAAAAUACAUGAUGAACUUCCAAGCGAACUAUUUUGGUUCCUUUAUAAAGUUCAUUACAACGGAAGAGUAUAGUGAGUUGAUUAGAAAUAAUGUGAAUGAUAAUUUAGGAUCGAUAAACACAAACGAUCUAACUAGCAUAGAAGGUUUACAAAAAAUGGAUUCAAUCACAAAUGAUGUAGAGGACAUAAAUCAAAAAACCAUUAAAAGGUCAGAUCUGCUUAGAACUGAAAAUGAAACAGACAUUUGGCUUAAUUUUAAAGUCAAUGAUGGAGCAUUAAUACUACCAGAAGAGUUAUACAAUGGAGAUUCAUGUGUAUCUUUAUCUUUCGGUGAACUGUUCAUCAAUAUGAGAACGUGUAACUAUUAUAUGGAUGUUUAUAUAACAUUGUAUGAUAACAAUUUGAAUAGAUUUGAAAAGAUAGAUCCGCAUGAACUCUUUGAAUAUAUACAGACAAGAAAUCGUUCUUCCUCAGUUGAAGGAAACAUCUCAGAUAUCACUAUUCAUGGGCAUAGAAUGUAUGGUUUGCCACCAAAGGAAUUGACAUAUUUCUGUCAAUGGAGUAUCAACAUUGGAACAUUUUUAAUAGAUUCGGAUAUGAUAUUUUUAUUGUCUUUUAUUCAAUCCUUGAAUAAAAUCGGAUUUUUCUUAUCCAAUAAGGAAAAUAGUUUGUUAUAUGAAAGUGAUACUGUAAAUGAUAUGACACUACUUAGUGUAGAUGUGGAAAGUUUAAAAGUAAUACUUUCAGAUCCAUUGUUGGAAGCCAGAGCUGAAAUAGGGGCUUCUUCGAUCAUAAUAAGAAACAUCGACUUUGAGAAUGAGAAGUAUACAAAACGCUUAGAUGUUAAUGCUUCGGAAUUUUACUUUUCUCUUGAUUCUCUGAAAAUAGAUUCAGGCAAAAAGAAUAUAUUAGAUGUUCGAACAAAGUUAAACAUAACAAAUUUUUUCAAAACAGAUAAUCAUAUCAAUCAUUUAGAUACUCAAAGAAAGUUUAUUGGGUUACAUGAUUCACCAUAUCAUAGAUGUUUUUUUCUUUUACCAGAAAAAUUUCAGGAGUCCUCUUCUUAUAAAGAGUUAUAUGGUAGUAUUACUCCAUCUUUUUCACUUCCAAUGCUACCGAUUCCUCAUAUAUACAGUACUACAAAUUUUAUCGUUGAAGGUAUUUUAGACGAUUACAGUGAAUUUUUAUUGUCAGAUCACCACAAUCAAAUGUCGAUUAAUGCUGAACUUAAUUCUGUCGACACAACACCUCUGAAAGAUUCGUUUGAUAUGCAAAUUACUAACUUUCAAAAUAUUCUGACGACAGAAGAUCCAUAUGAAACGGAUAACUUCGUAGUUAAUGUCAAAUAUCUUACUGUGACAGUGAACCCAGAUAUUGUUUUUACUAUAGAGAAGUUUUCGACAGAAUUUAACAAAAAGUUUUCAAUGAACAACCAAAUUGAUGGUAUUGAAAUGGCUAUAGUAAAUAGACUAUCAGAUUUAAAGGAAAAUAUUUCAUCAAAAAUUAACGUGAACUUAAAUGUAGAGAAAAUUGAUGCAGCAUGGGGGCACCGUGAUGUUUGUUUUAUAGGUACAUAUAUCAAUAUGCUAAAAUUCGAAUUAUCUCAAGAAUCUACUUAUAAUAACAACGGAGGGCUGCAGAAAGACUUGACAUUACUUGGGAAAUUUAGAUCGGUCCGGAUAAUUAUUCAAAAUCACUCAUAUAAUUCCUUCAGCGACGAUCGUCCACCUGGCUUGUCUUUAAUGCUAGAAGGUUUCGAGGCAUGGUCAUCUACAACAACAAAGCAACUAACUACGCUAAAUUUGACAUCAUUCGAUAUUACUGUUGAUGAAUAUCAAAUACAUUGGUUGAUUCCAUAUGUAAAAUCUCAAAUUUUAUUAUUUACUAAAAUCCAAGAUUCCGUGAAACUCAUAUACGAUGAGCAGGCCUCUUAUCAAAAAACGUUUAUUACAUCUUUGAUUUGGGCAGGAGAAAAGUACCAAAUAGAUCAUGACCCAUAUGUGAUUACAAAACCAGCUACUGUGUUAAGACUGUCAGCUUGGCACAUACGAGAAAAUAGAAGUUGGAGAAUCGUAACAAAACUUCGUCACAUUUUAACAUAUUUACCUGAGGAUUGGGAGGAUCGAUUGGAUGAGGAAGAUCUUAUUAAAAGAAGUGGAUUAGAAAAAGAAGCAGCUUCGACUUUUCUAAAUGUCUUCUCUAAUUGGAGAAACUGGGAGGUUUCUGAUAUUGAAAAAUCAUAUAUCUAUAGAAUGAUAUUUGUAGAAGAGGUAAGCAAAAGAAUUUUACAAAAUUCAAUAAAAGUCUUCCUGGAGACAUUUUAUUUUACGAUAUAUUCUAGAAAUUACUCUGCAGAUCAAAACUUUUUGAUUACUAAAGCUAACAUUUUAAUUAAUAAUGAAGCGGAUCAAGUUAAUGAAGUGGAUCUUAUCCGUAAGCAAGAGGAGAUAGUUGAUGUUGUGACCAAGAUUGGAUCUAUUAAAUUUGAGUUUACGGAAGCAAUUUUAAAGUUAAAAAGGGAUAUUGAACAAAUAAUAAAAACUUCAGUAGAUAGUAAAUCAGAAGGGGAUAAACUUUCCAUAACGAAAUUUUUUAAAGUAAAUCUCUCGUUUAUUUUUGAUCAUAUUGAUUUUAAUGGACAAUUCUAUAAUAGUUCAUUGAAAAGUCGUAUGUCAAAUGUUAACAUUUUAAGUUAUUUUGAGAAUAACAUUGAAUCAUCUACUCCUUCGGGAUCCUUUGUUUACUAUGCGGAUAGAACAGGAAUUGCUUUAAAACACUUAAAUAAUAUUUUGAUCGACUGCCAAGUAAGAAACUUAUUUGCAUCUACUACUGCAGAACUUCAUUCUGCUGUGAAUUCGUUAAUGAUAAAUUUUCGUUGUUCUAAUUUACACUUCAAAUCUGUACCAAAAACCGAAAUAUUUGUGAACGCCAUCAAAGCUAUUCAAAGAGAUGUGGAAACUCUUUCUGCCGAAAUAAGUAAGGCUCAAGGGACUACGGAUAAUAUUAAUACGGAACAUACACCAAGUGUUCAUGAGAAAAACAAAAUGCAGAAAGCUAAACCUAAUUCUAAAAAUAAUAUCACCUUGUCCGCUACUUUCACAAAUGUAAGUUCUGAAAUUACUUUGCUUCAUCCAAUAUAUUUGAAACAUGAGACAAACAGUGUUAAUAUUAGUUAUAAUACAAUAAAUAUAGAUGAACUUUUGGUUCAAGUAUUGGACACAGACCUUUACCUGAAUUCUAGUCAUACUAAAGAGCAAUAUGCUAGGCUCUCUUAUGAUAAAUUAGAAUUAACUACCUUUUUACCGGAUUUAAAUGAGAAAUUGAUUGAUCUCGAAAUAAGUUCAUCAAUUUUAAAACUGACUACGUCAGAUCCUAGAAGAAUGCUAUUUAGUUUCCUUCAAGAUGAGAAGGAAUUAAAGAAUAGUUUAACUUUUUUAAGAUCUUUGGAAUCAUUAAAUCGCAAGGCUAAUUCUGAAGACUCAGAAACGUUAUUUUCAUCAUAUGAGUGGAUUGUGAAUUUUAAAUCCAAGUAUAUGGGUGUUUUGUUACCGAUACAAGCUACUUAUUAUGUGUUUGAACUUCAUGAUGCAUUAUCUACUGUAUCUAAUAAAGAAGAGCCCUCAAGUGCCGUUCAUAAAAAAUUUCAUGGAGAUCUUUCAUUUGAUCAUAUUAUAUUUUUGAUAAAGGAUCAAUCAAUUCCCCAUAAAUUUUCUAAAAUUUUAGAUUUUUCAAUAAAAUUAUCUACUCAUAGAACAGUGAAUAAUUUUGACCGUUCUUUUGAAAUCGAAAGUUCCUUUUUUAGAGUAUGUUUAACCCCAUUUUCAUUAAUUCAGACUAUGUGGGGUUAUUAUCAACUAUUGUAUUUAUUAAACAGUUACUACGAUCAGAGCACUGUUAAUUUUUUUGUAUUUAAUGAUAAUAAUAUCGAUGGAGCAACUAAUAGUGAAAAAGAAAAUGUAUUCAGUGUCCGUUCUUUCCACAUUUUAUCAUAUAAUUUCUCUAUUGGGUGGUUGUAUCAGGACAGUGACAACACUAUCCCUGGUUUAAUUUUAGGAUAUAAUAGGCUAUUCUCAACUUAUGAAGAUAAUCAUGGUAAAUUAACCUUAGUCGAUGGUUUCUUUUCUCUAGCAAAUGGCUCUAGUGGUGAUACAUUUUACUCUAGCGGUGAUGAAAGCUCUAAAUUUAAUAGAAGUUAUCUUCCAAAUAUUCAAAUUUUAUACUGGAUCAAAGAAAUAGAGAAGAUGAAACAUUUGUUUAUUAAAUUUCAUGGAGAAACUUUGGAUGUAAACUUUUUUGAAAACUUUGUGAAUAUUAUUGAGAGUACUGUUAGAUCUAUUGACCUUUUCCAGACAUUGAAAAGGGAGAAAAUAAACCCUUUGGUAAAAGCUAAACCUGAGCGUGAUGAAAAGUCGAAUAGUGCCUUAACAAAUAUUAAGGGUCCAAUUUUCGGGAAAUUGAAACAAGUUAAUUGUGAAUUCAUAUAUGAUGGUGGUUUGUUUAGGUUAUUCUCAAAUGCUUCGAUGACGAAUAAACUUGAGCCAACUUUAAUGAUUAAAUCUCCAAAAGUUAAAAUUAUGUUAAGUUAUGAUUAUUUUGAAAAAGAAUUAAAAAAGCAUUGGAUCAAUUGUUUGAUAGAUAUAGAGCCGACACAAAACGUCUUAAAAUCAGGAUGCGUUCCAUUUUUAUCUGAUUUUAUAAGCCAAAUCAAAGAUAUUGUUGAAUUACAGGACGUCAAUAUGGAGGAAAACAUGGACAAUAAUGUUAAAGACCCAAUAAAUAUAACUAGUUUACUAGAAAACUUCGAUAUUUGCUUUAAACUUAUCUCAGGAACACAGCAUGUGACAUUAGAUUGUGAACCAAAAGCAAAGAUCAAUACAGAUGUUGGAUUUGGCUCCUUUGAAUUUUCUAUUUUGACACCACAUUUAAAUCCUAUUGAUCCAUUAGACAUUUCUCUGAAAAUUAAUGAUAUAAAAACAUCUGUUAAACAUCAAUUUUCUAAUGAAGCUAGUGCUUCUUUCGAAGUGAGUAAAUUGGAUGUUAUUCUAAUAUUCACACACCCUGAGGUUUUUGGUACUGGGCUUGUUGAUGAUGUUAAACUGCACUUUAAUUUAAAACAAUUUCAAAAUAUUUCAAUAUUUUUGGACAUAUGGGAUGUAUCUAAAUCUACUGAAAAGAAACUCUUUAAGAAAGAUUCCAACACUUUAGUUGAUGCAAAGUCUUCACCGAUAGCACAGACUAUUGUAAAUAGUUCAACUCUCCCCUGGUCAUUCGUUUUUAUUGCUACGAAUAUCAAUGGUGAUAUCAAUAUGGGAUCUACAUUAGGUAACCUGGCACUAAAUCUUCAAAGGACUUGGAUCUCUACUGAUCAUUUCCAUAAUAAGAGGCAGUUGUUGCAUUUAUUCACAGAUAAUGUUAAGAUAUCAUCAGAAGGCCGUCUAGGUGGAUUCGUUGAAAUAGAUGACAUCACUUGGAAGUUAGAUGUGAAUUAUGUUGAUAAAUAUAAAUUUGUUGUAUCUCCAUUAGUUGACUUAUUGUUUGAUGUUGGUAAAGUGUCUAUGAAAGUUGCAUUUGAUUACCAUAUGUUUUUAAUAAGUACUGUUAAAGAUCUAAAAUUCCAUGUACUUAGUGAAAAAGAUAUUGAUGACAUAUUGCCAGAUUUAUUAACUGUAAAUUUGACCUGUGAUGAAAUCAAAGUAUGCACCACAGCGUUAGUUGCUUCCAAUAUAUUGGAUAUUUAUAAUACUAUAAUGAGAACUAGACAAGAUAACAAAAACUCAUAUAUUGAGACACUUUUAGAAUCUAAUAAUAAUGUAUUAAAAAGAAAACCUCUUUAUGAAGAUAUAUUGAAAUCUUUAAAUCUAUUACAGACUAGUUUAUCAGCAAAUAUUCAUGAACUGAAUUUACAGAUAUCACCAAGUUCAUUAUAUGAUGCUGAGGUUAUUAUUAUUAGAGUUCAAGACGUCUUUUCUUCUACUGAGACACGUACUGGAGAAAAAAUCAAAACAGAUUUAGAAAUGAGGGUAUAUAAUGCUACUUUAUCCUUAACUAGCUUUGGUAAAGAAUUAACUGAAGAAGAUAUCGCAGAGAUGUCAGCCGAAACCUAUAUUUCAUAUGCUUCAACUCUAACUAGUGGAAGAAUUUUUGAGAUACCGCAACUUACAAUUAAUAUGACAACAUUUCAAAAUGCAGAUAAUAUGAUAUUGCAAUAUACAUAUAGCUGUUCAUUUGAUGGUAAAGUUGAUGUUACCUGGAACUUGGGUCCAAUCAAUUUUAUUAAGGAAGUUUGGGCAACACAUGUUAGAUCAUUAGAGGUCAGAACGGUGCAAUUUAUGGGUAAUCAUGACAUUUCGCUGGAAAACGAAGGUGACACUGACGAAUCAGUAAAAGUACUUUCAAAUAUAGAGUAUAUCGCUUUAGAAGAGCCAUAUAUUGAAAUGCCUCAAAUCAAGGAUUUAAAAGAUGCUACCCCACCUUUGGAAUGGUUUGGCUUGAAUAGAAAAUACUUCCCAUCUGCUACACAUCAAUCAGUUAUUGUUCCUAUCCAAAAGCUUGUUAACGUUGCUCAAAAAGAAUAUGCCAAGGUUUUGGGAUCUUCAAAAGAGUAA